AUGGCACAAUGCCCAGUCCUGAUAAUGAUGCACGGCGGUGGCCACGCCCACCCGAAAUACUUUGAGGCCUUGGAGAAUAAACUACAAGCCAAAGGGUUCAUUACCGUCGCUGGUGCUAAUCCCUCAAACGGUGCCGUUAAUUUCACGCCGGGCCAAUCUUUCUACGACGACGCUGCUUACUGGAGAGACAAGAUGCUGUCAUUCAUUGACAAUGGGCAAGAUGUGGUGGUAUUUAUGCACUCGGUUGCAACUCUGCUCGGGAUCGAGGCUGCAAAGGGCCUUGCAAAAACAGACCGAGCAAAGGCUGGCAAAAAGGGAGGCGUCGCUCACCUCAUAUUCCUGGCUGGUUACUUGCCCAACGAAGGCGAUAAUGCCUUUUCUUUCUAUGAUGGGUCGCGUGCAACUUGCCCUGCAAUGUUGAAUGGAGUUGAUGUCGGUGACCUCCGGCCAUAUCACGAUUACUUUUACUCCGAUAUGAACAAAGAGGAGCGCGACUAUUGGAAACAGUACAUGAGCUAUCAAGCAGUCGAAUUCUUCACGCUGCCAGUAACUCAUGCUACUUGGAAAGACGUGCCAUGUAGCUGGAUAUACACCGAACUGGAUCAAGUCAUUCCUGUGGACAUUCAAAAGCAAUUCAUUCUAGAAGCCCAGCAGGAUGCGGGUAUUCAUAUUCGGACGUUCAGUCUACAGUCUGGCCACUCACCAUUUCUAAACAUGCCUGACAAAGUGGUUGAGAUUAUCCAGACGGUAUACACCGAAAAUGAGCUGUAA